CCGGCUGAUCCAGGCAGACCCGCAAAACCAGUCGAUCCAGUAUCUCCUUUCAAGCCAGGAGCUCCAUUCGAUCCUGCUAAACCCGGUUGCCCAGGUGAUCCUCGGAAACCAGGUGAACCGGGUGUACCAGGCGUCCCAUUAUCUCCAGGCAAACCUGUACUUCCCUUGGCACCGGGAUCUCCUGCUGAUCCUUGUGGACCUGGUAAACCAAUAGAACCAGCUGAUCCAGGACUUCCUUGCGGUCCCAUUUCCCCCUUAGGCCCAAUUGGACCUAAUGGACCUUGUGCUCCUGGUGAACCAGUAGGACCCUGCGCACCUGUUGCUCCAACUGGUCCAGGCAAUCCAGGAGAUCCAGCAUCCCCAGACAAGCCGGAGUAA